AUGGCCCAGCCCGCGUCCGUCGCCCAAGUGACCCAGCUGCUGUGCGCGGCCGGGGGCGCCCUGGAGCUGGAGGAGCUGCGGCGUCGCCUGCGGGACGGCGGCGGCGCGGGCGCGCUGGAGCGGCUGCUGCGGGAGCGCCGGCACUUCGCGGUGGCGACGCGGGCGGACGGGGCCGCCGCCUCCCAGCGGGUGGUGCUGGCCGUCUCGGCGCUGCGCCUGUGCCGCGGCCACCAGGGCGCCAGGGCCACCUGCACCGGGCUCUGCGGGCAGCUGCACUUCUGCAAGUUCAUGGUCCUGGGGGCCUGCCGGUUCCAGAAGACCGGGAAGAACUGCAGUCACACCUUGACAACAGAGCACAAUCUGAGUGUGCUGAAAACUCACAGUGUUGACCACCUCAGCUACAGUGAACUCUGCCAGCUCUUGCUUCAGAACGACCCUUGGCUUUUGCCGGAGAUCUGCCUUCACUACAACAAAGGAGAUGGACUUCAUGGCUCUUGUUCCUUUGGGAAGCAAUGUGUCAAACUCCAUGUCUGCCAGUAUUUUUUACAGGGUGAAUGCAAGUUUGGCAAGGGCUGUAAGAGAUCCCAUGAUUUCUCUAGUUCUAAGAAUCUGGAAAAAUUGCAGAAGUCGGGCAUGAGCUCAGAACUGAUGAGCAGGCUGCCUUCCAUUUAUAGAAAUGCUCAUGACAUCAAGAAUAAGAGCUCUUCUCCGGGCCCACAGAGGACUUCUGAGAGAAGAGACAGUUCAGGUUCUGUAUCCUCAACGACUUCUAACCAAGAGGAGAGUGAUGAGAUCUGCUUGUAUCAUAUCCGGAAAAGUUGUAGCUUUCAAGAUAAGUGCAAUAGAGUUCAUUUCCAUUUGCCUUAUCGAUGGCAGUUCCUGGAUGGAAGCAUGUGGAAGGAUUUGGACGAAAUGGAACUUAUUGAAGAAGCAUAUAGCAAUCCCAGUAAAGAAAGGAUCCUAUGUGCUGAUUUGGUCAGUAUCUUUCAUUCUGAUUAUCUGAACUUUAACUCUAUGAAGUUUGGCACUGCCCGGGCUCGCCGCCUCUCCACAGCCUCCUCGGUCACCAAACCGCCACACUUCAUCCUCACCACCGAGUGGAUUUGGUACUGGAAUGAUGACCUUGGUUCUUGGCAGGAAUACGGUAAACAAGGCUUGGAGCACCCCACAGCCUCAGUCAGCAGCAGCGAUUUGGAGAAGGCCUACCUGGUAUACUGUAAUCCAGGGUCUGACAGCCAGGCAGCCAUUUUCAAGUUCCAGGCUGGAAAACACAAAUACGAGUUAGACUUCAGAGUUUUUAUUCAGAAAAACGUGGUAUAUGGUACAUUUAGAAAGGUUUGUCGCAGACCCAAAUACGUGUCUCCUCAGGAUGUAAAGGUGAAGCAAACCUGCAGUGUCAAGUUUCAAGGCCCAAAGAGCAUCCCAGACCAUUGGGACCCAACAGCCCUGCCAGACCCCGGCUUUAAGCUGAUCACCCUCAGUUCUUCCUCAGAAGAAUAUCAGAAGAUAUACAAUCUUUUUAACCAUACACUGCCCUACUACUAUGUGGAGAAGAUUGAGCGAGUCCAGAACCUGGCUCUCUGGGAAGUCUACCAGUGGCAAAAAGGGCAGAUGCAGAAGAGAAACGGAGGGAAGGUGGUAGAUGAGAGGCAGCUGUUCCAUGGCACCAGCACUGUUUUUGUCGAUGCCAUCUGCCAGCAGAAUUUUGAUUGGCGGGUCUGUGGUCUUCAUGGCACUUCCUAUGGCAAAGGGAGCUACUUUGCCCGAGAUGCUGCAUAUUCCCAUCAUUACAGCAAAUCCGACUCGAAGGUCUACACAAUGUUCCUGGCUCGGGUGCUGGUGGGCGAGUUCACCCGAGGCAGUGCCUCCCUUGUCCGCCCCCCAGCCAAGGAGGACCAGAGCAACAUCUUCUACGACAGCUGUGUGAAUAGCAUGUCCGACCCUUCUAUCUUCGUCAUCUUUGAGAAGCACCAGGUCUACCCAGAGUAUGUCAUCCAGUACACCUCCAGCAAGCCUGAGGCCGGGGCCUCUUCCACCCUGUUCUCCCUGGCAUCCUUUUUUGGAAUACGGCAGUGAGCAUGAGGAAGUUAUUUUAUGCCUUUUAGGCUUGUCUUCCUUGAAAUAGCUAUUUAGGAAAGUUUUUUUUUUUUUUU